AUGAUUGAUCAUUUAAGUAGUUUGAAAUUUGAUUAGCUUUUCAAGUACAGGAUUACAUACUAGAUCAUUAUUGCUAUUUAAGAAAUACUUCUCUUAUCUUAUUUUUUUAUUAGUAGUUCUACACUAUAGCAGAAAUUAGCAGGCCUAUUUAUUUUACUUUCUUUGUUUUUAAGAAUUAUUUUAACUGGAUUCAUCAUAAAAGAAUAAUGCUAUAAAAACUAAAGAAAAUAUAGUGGUUCUAACGAUGAACAGCUGAACAGUAAAAGCUUUUCAAUAGAAAAGAUAACAAAUAAUUUGGAAAACUGGAAGUUAGGAAAUAAAAUAAAUGAGCAGCCUUAAAAGAUAAGGAAAGAAUGGCUUAAAGUUAUUAAAUAGCUAUUUGUACUGGUACCACAAAUUAUAGCAAAGAUAAACUUAUUAAAUGCUGUAAUUUAAGCACAGAACAGUAGUCUGAUUCUUUUUUUGAAUUAUUACUUUGAUGAAAAAACAUUUUUGCUAAUAGGAGCAAGGUAAUUUUUAAAUAUAAACCUGCUCAUCAGCAAUUUGUUAAUUAAAUUCUUUCCUUUUGGUAUUAUUUUAGGAACCUAUUUGAAAGAUAAUUCCAUAUUUAACUAGACUUUAAGCCAAUCUAUCCACUCAAGCGAUAUGAUAUGGAUAGGCAUUGUUAUAUGUACAUAUUUUAUUGGUGACUAGUUUUAUUAUAUCGCAAAUUAAAAAAUGUAAGCAAAUAAUUAAUUAGUAAAGCAAUAUUUGUUAGAUGACAAGUAGAAUAUUGUGAAAGUUGCUGAUUCGUUUAUUGUUAGCUUUUAUAGUAAGCACUGGAAUUAAAGUGAUUUGGGACCAUGUGUCUUUAAUAAUAACAAUAACAUCAAUAACAACAAUAACAACAACAAUAAUAAUAAUAACAACAAUAAUAAUAAAUUAAGCAUGAAUGGCACUAAUUCACAAAUUUUAGGAAUAAACAACAAUAGUAAUGUCAAUAUUUUAAAAUAAACAAGCCCACAAAAAAAGCCUUUAAUUUUGAAGAGAAAUAUUUCUCACUCUAAAUCAGGCAUUUUAGAAAACUGCGAUCAGUAAUAAGCAAAAUCGUACGAGUCUUCUGUUGACGAAGUUUAAAAUUCAUUGUUUUUAUCAGAUGUUAUGGAUUUAAUUCCAUAUGGUAUUGCUAUUCUUAAUUCAUAGCACAGUGUAAUUUAUAAUAAUAGUAAAAUCUUAGAAUUGCUGGAAUGUGAUAAAUAAAACGUAAUAAAAAUUAUAACAGGGUUAUCUACUUCUAACACUUAAGCAAGUUAGCCUUAUAAUAGUAUGCCUAAAUCUUAAAGGCCCAGUACAUCUCAAUUUGCAAAUAAAAAAUAUGAAUCUAGUAUAGAUAAUGUAUUAACACAAGCCUAUGGAAAUGAUGAUUAAGCAUAGGCUAUGAGUAAAAAUUCAUUUCUAUGUAAUGAUAAUUACAUGGCUACCUCAGCUAAUAUGUAAUAACACCCUACAAGCAGCAUGAGAGGGACAGGAACAAAUGGAAAUUAAGCUUUUAAUAAUAGUUAUGUCAAUGUUAACGUUAAUAUGAAUAAUAGUUAAGUAGGAAAUCCUAAUGUUAGUAAACAGCAAUCUAAUUUAAAUGAUUCUCAACAAGAAGGAAGUUAAUAUUCAGGUGAUAAAAAUUAGUAUGAUGAAAUUAUAGAAAAUAAUUUUGAAAAAAAAAAUAUGAAUAACCAUCAAGAUGACUCAAAUAAAAAAGAAUAAAAUCAAUAACAGAAUAAGUCUCAGUAAGAUAGUUAAAAUAAAUAAUCACCUUUAAGCUCUCCAUUAUAAUCUCAUAAAAGCUAAGAAGGCUAGGAUCAUAGAUAUAAGUAAAGCACAGGAAAAUUCGGAGGAAGUAUUAAUGAUGUACCUCUUGAGUAGUGGAAUUCAAAUAUGAGGCUUUCAAACAAAGAACAAAUAAAAUUCAACAAGCAAUAAACUUUAGAAUCAAAAAAUAAAAUGAUAAAUUCAUUAACAUUCAAAGCUAACACUUAUUUUAAGAAUGGUAAUGGAACCAAUAAAAAUGUAAACAGUAAUUUGGUAAACAAGUACUGCAAUUCUGAAAAUAAUACAGGCUCUCAAGAUGAGUAGGCUUCUCCAUUCAUAUAAUCUGAAAAGAAUCAUAUCUAAGAUAUUAGGAAUUUAAAUUAAGAAUCAAAUAUUGAAUUGAAAUUAGCUCAUUAUUAGGAAUAAAAUGGAUUUUUGUAAGAAAAAAAUAACCAAGAUGAAGAAAACAAGUUUACUGAUAAAUCUUACAUGUAAAUUAAUCUCAACAAAACAUAAGAAGCCAUGGUUAGUGAUAUUUCUAGGAUAGAUGAAAAACACAUUUAAAACAAUGAAUCAAUUUCUUGCUUGAAAUCAAACUCUGUUACAAAUUAAAAUCUCGAUGAGACAAGCAAUAUUUAGGCUAAUUUAGAUAUCUCUAAGAGUGCAUAAGAUAAAUACUUAGAAGAAAAUCAUAUUCCCCAAUCAGAAAAUUAAUUUAUAAGUUUCACCUUACAAGAAAUGAAUCAAAUUCAUUAAACUGGUGGAAAAAUUGAUAAAGAUAAGACUAAGAAGGAUAAGGGAAGUAAGAUAAAGAGUAAAUUUUCAAAAAAGGUUCCUUCUGCCAAUUACAUAUAGAAUUCAGAAGUGAACAAAACAAAUUGUAAUUAAAAGCACAAUGAAGAUUCAAUUAAAAUUCACUAAACUGAAAAUAUAAUCUAAUCUUAACCUGAUGAAAAUCACCAUAACCACAUUCAAAAGAAAUAAAUUAAAAAGUAAAUCAGUAUUUUUACACCUCAGCUGAAGCAAAGGAAUAUAAAAGUAGGCUAACUAAUUUCAAGUAUGUUCGAUAAUUAGAUAGAUGAUACUCGAACAUACGGUGGAGUUAAGAAAUCAAAUUCUAGGAAUAUUUUGAUUACCUAGUUGAGCGAAUAAAUAGAAUCUAACUAUUCUAGAAAUCACUCUCUCCUUGGCUAAAUUAAUAGUUCAAAGAAUAUAGGUUUUUAUCAAUAUAAGAAUAAUGAAGCAAGCAUGCAAGUUGUUUAUAAAGGAAAGCAACUAAUAGUGAGACUAAUACCAUGUGAAUUUCAAUAUGAUUUUGAAGAUAAUGAUAGUCCUCCAACCGUUGAUCAAAGCCUUGUGUUAAUACAAGUUGAGCCAUUUUGGGAGGAGUUAUUUUAAGAAAAAAUUGAAGAUUUCAGUAAAAGAAAAAUGUAAUUGUUUGGUAGUUUGUGUCAUGAGCUCAGAACUCCACUAAAUUGCUCAAUUUCAUUUUUGGAUUUGUAUAAAUAACUAAAGGAUGGGAGCGAAGACGAAGCAGAUGUAAAUGAAUUUAUUGAACCAUCACUUAGAUCGAAUCAACUCAUGUUAAAUAUGGUGAAUGACAUUCUAGAUUUUGUUCAAAUGACUGAAAAUAAAUUUAAAUUUAAUCCGAUUUCUUUUAACUUGAUAGAGUUACUGGAAGAAUGUCUCUUGCUGAUAAAAGUGCAUGCAGAUAUAAAAAAUAUUAAUUUAUAACUAAAAAAAAAUGAUUUAGUGCCUAAAACUAUUGUCUCAGAUCCUAAUAGAAUUCGUUAAAUUAUUUUAAAUUUUCUUUCUAAUUCAUUAAAAUUUACAAAAAAUUUUGGGACUAUUUCGCUAGAAGCUCAAGGAUUAGAAUAAGCAAACCCAUAAUCACAGUAAAUCAAAUAAUCUUCAAUAGUAAAGGUCACAGUCUCGGAUACAGGAAUAGGAAUUUCAAAAAGUAAUAUUAAAAAGAUAUUUGAAAUUUUUAACAAAACUGAUCACAAAGACACUUCAAUAAAUCCUAAUGGAUGUGGUAUCGGUUUACCACUUUCCAAUUCCCUAGCCAAACUGGUAGGACCUCUUCAACCAAUAAUAAUUAAAGAAAAUAACGGAAACUAAAUUUAAGUUUAAAGUGGCAUUUAAGUGGAUUCUGUAGAAGGAAAAGGCAGCUCAUUUUCAUUUCUCAUUCAAGAUUUAAACUCAAAAAUACAUUAGGAAAAAGAUUUUCGUGAAAGUUGUGAUAUCAUAGAAUUUGGAGAAAAUGACCAAAUACAAAGUCAGCUAGACUCCAACAACAUGAGAAUACUUUCUCAGAUUAAUAAUCACAUCCCUCAUCUUUAUAUUAAGCAAGACAUUGCUGGUGGAAUGAAAAUGUUUCAUUUUCAACAAAAUAUAAAUACUCCUGCUUAGUAUCUAUCUGAUAAUAUAUCAGAAUCAAAGAUUAAAAGCUAUCAAAGCUCUUUAAUAAAGAGUUCUAACAAAACUAUUGAUAUAAAUUCAAGUGGCCCUUUAGAAAAGAUUCCAAGCAAUAUAUUGUUAAAUAAAUAGAGAAGAAUAACAGAUGGUUUUAAAAAAACAACAACAGAAUUUGAAAUCAAUUUAUCAAAACCAGUUAUAUAAACUGUACCUAAAACACAAGCGCAGGUAUUUAAUUUUCCUCAAUCUACUAAUUUUGUGUCAUCUUAUGAAAAUAUAAAUCUUAAUUCUUCCAAUAAAUAAUAACCUCUAUAAGUUCCUAGCAAAAUAAACUCACCCAAGAACAAUUACUCUUUAUAUGAAAAAAGAACUGAUUCAAAAAGUAUUAAUAUUAGCAACAUGAACAAUAUAAGUUCUAUAGCUUAGCUUAGAAAUAUGAACAGUGCAACAAUCCAAUCGUCAGCUACUUAAGACAUGGAUAUCUAAUCAUUAAAGGGUAAUAUUAACUAACAAAUUACUACUCAAAGUUAAAUAGCAUUAUUCCCCACCUAAAUUCCUUCUUAAACGAUGCUAAAAUAAAAUUCUGGGAAUAUUUAGCCCUAAGCAUCAAUAUAAAAAGCUUUGCUUGAUAAAACAAAUAAUUUCUCGAUUAACUCAAAAGGUGAAGAAACAAAAAUUUUAAUAGCUGAUGACUCUGGAUUUAACAUUAUGGUUUUAAAAAAGAUAAUUCAAUUAUUUCAUAUCUAAAAUAUUCAUAUAUGCCAUGAUGGAUAAGAAGCUGUUACUAAAGUUAGAGACAUUUUAAAUAAUCCUAAAGAGAGAUUAUAUGAUAUGAUAUUUAUGGAUCUGGAUAUGCCUAUCAUGAAUGGGUAUGAAGCAUGUAAACAAAUAAAGCAAUUAAUUUAAAAUUAUGAAGUAUCUGAUUAGCUUUAUAUAAUUGCUUGCAGUGCAUACGGAGUACAAGUAAAAGAAGAACAUGCCUUCCACAUCAGUCAGCUUGAUGAUGCUAUAGCCAAGCCAGUCAAAAAAGACUAAAUUUAAUAUGUCUUAUAAACAUUUAUAAGAGAUAAAAUAAGAAAUAGAUGA